CUCACCUUGCACAUAUUUGAAAGAUAUAUAGAGAAGUGGGUGGUGAUUAAGAGAGAUGGCAGUGUUGGAAGCCAUGCCUCGUCUCAAUGAACUCUCAAUUUUUGCUCCCGGUCCUCAUAGUGUUCAGGAAUUCUCUGUUGAGACAUCAAGCUCUUCUAAACCUCCAAAACCCUUGUUCAUUGUUACACCCACUGAACCUGGAAAAUACCCAAUUCUUCAGUUUUAUCAUGGAACCGUCCUCAUAAACACCUACUACAGACAAGUUCUCCAACUUAUAGCUUCCCAUGGAUACAUAGUUGUUGCUCCCCAGCUGUACCAACCUUGGGACGUGGUGGUGCUAAUGUGUGCAUGCUUAGAAGUCCAGGACGCCGGGAAAGUCAUCAAUUGGCUACCUAAACCUUCACCUGAAGGCCUCCAAUCAGUACUCCCCGAAAACGUUACCUGCGACACGACCCAAAUUGGUCUUGCCGGACACAGCAGAGGAGGCAAGACAGCCUUCGCAGUUGCACUUGGUGAUGCCGACACUAACCUUAAAUUCCAAGCCCUAAUAGGAAUAGACCCAGUCGCUGGUUCGUCCAAAUCCAUAUGUUGCCGCACCUGCCCUCAUAUCCUCACCUACAAGCCUCAAUCCUUCGACUUAUCGAUCCCGGUGACCGUGAUCGGGACAGGGUUAGGCGGCGAGUCAGUUAGUGAGUGCAUGAUUCCAAUGCCUGCAUGUGCUCCAGAGGGUGUUAAUCAUACGGAGUUCUAUAGAGAAUGCAAGGCUCCCUGUGGACGUUAUGUGGCUACUGAUUAUGGUCAUAUGGACAUGUUGGAUGAUGAUCUGGGACUUUAUGGGAAUGUUUGUGAGUGUAUGUGCAAGAAAGGUAAGGCCCAAAGAGACCCAAUGAGAAGAUUUGUUGGAGGGAUUGUUGUGGCUUCUUUGAAGGCUGGUUUUAAUGGAGAUUUUGUGGAUCUCAAAACCAUUGCUGAAGACCCUCAGGUUGCUCCUGUGAAGCUUCAAGAUAGCCAGUACACUGAAUAAGCAUGAACAAUUCUUGCCCAAGUUAAUUUGUUGCUCAUGAUCAAUAUUUCAGUAGUAAAAUAUUAUGUGAACAGAGUGGCCAUUUUCUCCAAUCUUAAAUAUGUAUAUUCAGGGCGGAGCUAAGAAUU